AUGGCUGAAACACUCCUUUCAAUUGUCUUGGAGCAGUUGGCAUCGGUGGCGCGACAGGGGAUUGAACAAGAAGUAAGACAAAUGGUGGGUGUUAAGAAAGAAGUUCCACACCUCAUAGAGGUGCUCCGGACCAUUAGAGCCGUUGUUGCAGACGCGGAGAAACGACAAGUGACGGAAGAGCGUGUAAAAGUUUGGUUGGAGAGGCUCAAGGACAUGGCCUACCAAAUGGAGGACGUGGUGGAUGAGUGGAGCACUGCUAUUCUCAAAUUACAGAUUGAGAGAGUUGAAAAUGCUGACAUGCCUAAGAAAAAGGUAAGCUCCUGCUGCAUUAUUCCCUCUCCUUUCAUUUGUUUCAAGCAAGUUGCUUCUCGUCGUCACAUCGCUCUUAAGAUUAAGGACAAAAAGGAACGACUAGAUGAUAUGGAAAAGGAGAGAAUUACAUUUAAUUUUGUCUCUAGUUGGAGUGAGGAACGACCACAGCGACUUAUAACUACCUCUACAAUUGAUAUUUCAGAGGUGUACGGUCGGGAUAUGGAUAAAAAGACCAUAUUAGACCAUCUAUUGGGUAACAAGUGUCAAGAGAAAUCUGGCCUCUACAUAGUCUCCAUAGUUGGGACUGGAGGCAUGGGCAAAACAACUCUUGCUCAACUAGCCUACAACCACCCAGAGGUGAAGGCCCAUUUUGAUGAAAGAAUAUGGGUCUGUGUCUCUGAUCCUUUUGACCCAAUCAGAGUUUGUAGGGCUAUUGUUGAGGCCCUCCAAAAAGAGUCUAGUAAUCUCCAUGAUUUGGAAGCUUUACAGCAAAAAAUUCAAACAUGUAUUGCUGGAAAGAAGUUCCUUCUUGUGCUAGAUGACGUGUGGACCAAAAACCAUCAAUUGUGGGAACAACUGAAGAACACUCUCACCAGCGGAGCUGUAGGGAGUAGAAUUCUAGUGACCACACGUAAAGAGAGUGUUGUUAAGAUGAUGGGAACUACAUACAUGCAUUCCUUAGGGGAAUUGUCCAGGGAGCAAUCUCGGGCAUUAUUCCAUCAAAUAGCUUUCUUUGAAAAGCGUAGUUGGGAGAAAGAGGAAGAAUUAAAAGAAAUUGGUGAGAAUAUAGCAGACAAAUGCAAGGGCUUGCCCCUCGCUAUAAAAACUUUAGGGAACCUCUUGCGCUUAAAAAAUAGCGAGGAAGAAUGGAAGAACGUAUUGAAUAGUGAAGUAUGGCAGCUGGAUGAGUUUGAGAGAGAUAUUUCCCCUGCUUUGUUGUUGAGUUAUUAUGAUCUGCCCCUGCAAUUCAACGCUGCUUCUCAUUUUGUGCUGUUUUUCCAAAAGACUCAGAUAUUGAGAGAGAUGAGCUGAUCAAGUUGUGGAUGGCACAAAGCUAUCUCAAAUCUGAUGGGAGUAAAGAGAUGGAGAUGGUUGGGAGAACGUACUUUGAAUAUUUAGCUGCUCGGUCUUUCUUCCAAGAUUUUGAAAAAGAUGAUGAUGGUAAUAUAAUAGGUUGUAAGAUGCAUGAUAUAGUGCAUGAUUUUGCUCAAUUUUUGACUCGGAAUGAAUGCUUUAUUGUGGAGGUUGACAACCAAAAAAAGGGGAAUAUGGACUUAUUCUUCCAAAAGAUUCAUCAUGCCACCUUAGUUGUCCGAGAAAGUACCCCUAAUUUCGCCUCCACUUGUAACAUGAAGAAUCUUCACACCCUCUUGGCUAAGGAAGCAUUCAAUAUUUCAAGUGUUCUUGAAGCCUUACCUAAUUUGUUCAGGCAUUUGACA